CCCCGACACCGCCCAAUGGGAGGUGGAAAUGCAAAGUGGGCGGGGCAUGAGGGGGUGACGCCCCGCCCCUCCCUCUGGGGGCGUGAAGCGCCGCGGCGGCGGCCGUGCCGCCAUUUUCUGCUGGAGCCGCAUCAGGAUGGAGUCGGAACCCGAGCCGGAGCUGCCCGCCGUCCCCCGAGCCUUGCGACUCACCGCCCCGCCACGGAGCGCCGCUCCACACGCUCCUCCGCACCGCUGGCAGCGCUGAACGGCCUCAUGGAGCACAGCGGACGCGAACGCGCCGGUCCCGGCUUGGGAUGGGCCCGACUGGGCCUGGCCGCGGCCUGGCCGAAGCUGGCGGGGCCCAGCGCGGCGCCCGCCGGGGGCUCGUCCCAGGCGAGCCCGCCCUUCUCGUGGCUGCGGGCGGUGUCGCAGCUGCUGUCGCCGCUGCCCGGCCUCCUGCAGCGGCUGCUGCCCGGCGCCGCGCUCAGCUCCGCGCUGUGCCCCGCCAAGGCACCGCCGCCGCUGGUGCUGCUGCCCAAGGCGGACACCUCGCUGGGCUGGGCCGAAGAGGAGCCCCCGGAGAAGCGAGCGGAGGGCGGCCCGGAGCCCCUGGCGGGGCUGUGGGGAAGCGGGCUGGUGCGGAGCGGCCUGGGGGUGCUUCCCGUGGAUUGGUACGUGCUGGGCAUGGAGCAGGGUAAGAGCCACCUGCCGCAGCCCCUGCGAGCCGAGGGCUUGCCCGAGGUUGAGUUCCUGCGCAGCAAGAGGCUGGCGUUCCUCCAGCGCUGGCAUCUGCCCGUGCCCGACCCCGACCACGGCUACCACAGCCUGGAGGAGGAGCAGCAGCAGCAGCACAGGGGUGUCCGCCCCGAAAUUGGGGAGCUGGGCGGCAAUAACGGGGAUUUAGGGCAGCCCGGAGGUGUUCCCCUGGAGCAGGAGCAGCUCCGGGGUGCGGCCGAGGAAGGGGAAGCCUUGGCUGAAGAGGAGGAUGAGGACUCGGAAACUGAGCAAAACUUCCCGAUUUCCACCAGACCUGUCUGCGCGAAUAAAUUAAUCGAUUAUAUCAUCGGAGGAGUAUCCAGUGGGGAGGAGAGUGAGGAUGAGGAAGACUGGGAUGAUGAUGAUGAUGAAGAAGAAGAUGAUGACGGGUUUGACAGCGAAGAGCUGCCCUCGGACUCAGACGCCGGCAGCCAGGACGGGGAGAGGCUUCAUCUGUGGAAUUCCUUCUACAGCUUGGAUCCCUACAACCCUCAGAACUUCACAGCCACCAUCCAGACGUCUUCCAGCGAGCCGGGAAAGGGAAUGUCGGACAUGGAGGAGGAGGAGGAGCAGGAGGAGGAAGACUCGUGGGCAGAGUCCUCCGAGGGCUCUCCCAGUUCCGAGGAGGACGAGUGGGACUGCGAGAGCGCGGAUGAGGCGGAAAACUUGAAACUUUGGAACUCGUUCUGUAGCUCGGACGAUCCCUAUAACCCUUUAAAUUUCACGGCGGCCUUUCAGACAGUGGAGAAAAAAGGAACGCCGCUUUUCCAAGGGGCAGAAAAGUCAAAUUCCGGCACCUCCGAGCGCUUCACCGCGUGUAGGGUUCAGCUGGAAAAACAAAACCACGGGGGCAGCACCGAUUUGGGGCAAAACGGGGAGAAAACUGCCCAGACCAAGCGGAAAAAGGUGACAUUCCUUGAAAAAGUGACAGAGUAUUACAUAAGCAGCGAGGAGGACCGGAAAGGACCCUGGGAGGAGCUGGCUCGGGAUGGAUGCAGAUUCCAGAGGCGGAUCCAGGAAACCGAGGAAGCCAUUGGAUACUGCCUGAGCACAGAGCACAGACUGAGGGUAUUCCACAGGCUCCAACAAUUCCAUUCCCAAAGGACUGACCCCUUCUAGCACCUUAAAACUCUUGGGAAUUUUUCCCCCCACCCUUUAAAUUAAUGAAAUCCCAUCCGGAAAUGGCAGCUGAGUGUGCUGAAACGGGAACAAAAAAUGGGAUUUUUAUUUUUUUUUUCCUUUUUUUUCCCCCCCCCCCAACCCUGAUUUGAUAUGGAAUAAUUUAAUUUGCAUAUCCAGAUAAAAUCCCUGGAGCUCCCUGGAAUGCUGAGGGUGCUCUAAUUGCAUUCCUGUUAAUUAGCACUUGACACAACCGGACUGCUCGGGGUUCCAUCCAUUCCCAAAAAUCACUUUUUCUUUUUUUUUUUGGGAAGUGGGGACUGUUCUGUUGGAUUUUUUUGCACUUUGGAAAAAAAAAACCAACAAAAAAACAACAAAAAAAACUAUUUUGAAGGAAAUAUUUAUGGGAUUCAUUCCUUGGAAUUGCAGUUUUGAUUUCAAAUUCCCUGAGGGAUGUGCUGGUGUGUUUUGGGGUUGGUUUUUUUUUUUUAAUGUUUUUCCAUCUUUUCCAGCUUCUCCAAAAGCCUCAUUUUUAAAAAUCCCUUCCUUUAAGGAUUUUUUUUUCCCUUUUUUUUUUCUUCUUUUCCUGGAAUUAUCCAAACCUUUUGAGUGUUUCUGGAGCUUUUUUGAGGUUUGAAUAUUCCAGCCAAGCUUUGGUUUGAUUGAUUGAAAUAAUUCCCUUUUCCAGGAUUAUUCCAGAGAUUUUUUUUGGCUGCUUGUCCCAACAAAUUCCUUUUUUCUUUUAUGGCAAGGAAAUUCCUCAUCCCAAUUAAUAAUUAAAACUUAAUGAGGCUGUGGAUGAUGCUUGAAUUUAGGGAGGAAAACUCCUUAAUUAUUUAAUUAAUCUUUGCUGUAAUUCUGCUUUGGGAGAGGGAUUGAAGUGAAUUUUUAGAUCCAAUCUGCUUAUCCUGAUAAUUUUCUUGGAUUUAAGGAAAUUAUCUUGGAUUUCAGGAAAUUUAAAGGCAAAAAUUCCCUGUUUUCUUUCCCAAAAAAUCAGUAUUAACUCCUUGUGUCUGCACUGGGCUCAUCAAAAACAUUUCAGUGAGAGGAUAAAACUCUUAUUUAUAUAUUUUUUUUUAAUUUAAAACAUUAAAUUAUUUUAAUCAAAAUCAUUGAGGGGGAUGGAAAAAGGGGUUUGGAGCUGGAGGUUGGUGUGGGAAUUUUCCAAGCAGGGAAUAAAAAUGGAAAAAUUCCAAUGUUUGCACAAAGUUGGAUCAAUAAAUCAAUUAUUUGUUCAGCUGGCCGGAAUAUUUUCCAUUCUGUGGAAGAAAAAAAACUUUUAAGUUUAUCCUCAAUUCCUUCAGUUUUGAAUUUGGAAGAAAAUUAUUUAAUCCCCUCUUAUCCUGACUUGAAAAAUCCCAGAAUUUUUGGAUUUAUCCUUUAUUUUUAUUGCAGGAAGUGGCUUCUUGGAGUUGAAAAGAAAAAUCCCCUUUUGGUGGUGCAAUUAGAAAAUCCGGGGGAUUCAUUCAAUUAGAGUUAAUUGGAAAUUCCAGCUGCUUUUCAUCCCAAAAAAUUGGAUUUUUUUCCCUAAAAAAAAUAUAUUUUUGAAGAUUUUGCACACAUUUGGAUCUGCUUUUGAAUUCAGGGGGGAAAAAAACCCGACAAAAAAUGUGGAAUUCCAAGAGGAAAAAAAUAUUUGGAUUUUUUUUCCAAGGAAAACACGCUGCACCCGUUUUUCCAUGGAUCUCCCAGUGGGUUUUUCCCACGGAUCUCCCAAUCCCUGGGAUCUUUGGGAAUGUGGUGCUUUAUUUUUUCACGGACAACUCGGAUUUCUUGGUGCUUGGGAACGCUGGGAAUCCAGAGCUGCUUGGAAAAACGGGAAUUAAAUAAGGACCAGCUGCUUCCAAAAAAUGUUAAAACCUUGGAAAAAAAACCCAAAAAAAAAAUGGAGUUUUUUCCUCAGCAUUCCCAAUGCUUGGAUGAGCUUUU